AUGGCGGAUGGAGAGAGCAAAGAAAGCACAUCCAAAACAAACCCUUUUGAAGAGUUGUCUUUCCUUGUGUGGGGCCCAAACAUAAAGGAAGAAGUUUUUAAACGAUGGACUCAAGGUUUUGUAUUUAGCUCUGACGAACCCAGUGCUCUCAUUCAAGAACAAGGAGGACCUUGUGCWGUGAUUGCAUCAGUGCAGGCCUAUAUUCUAAAAAAUGUGUUGUUCUGUGAUGGUAUGAUACCUCCAUCAACAAGUAAUUGGAGACAGAUAACAGAACCUACUGAAUAUCACAAAGUAGUUUGUAACCAAGAACUCCAUCUGCAAACAAGUAGAGAAAUUCACUCUUUAUUAAGCCAUGUUGAGUGCAAGACUGUCAGUGAAGCAAGGUCACUAAUAGAAAAAAACUUUCAUAUAUUUGAAGGUCUUUUUGGUGUUCUUCUGUUUUUAUACUCCAUGAUUCUGACAAGAGGAAUAGAGUUAAUUAAAAGUGAAAUGAGUGAUCCUGGAGAACCUCUUGUUGAUGAAAAUUUUGGUUAUGGAAGUCAGACUUUAAUCAAUCUUUUAAUGACUGGAAAAGCAGUUUCAAAUGUUUGGAAUCUAAGCAAAGCAGUAGGAGGAUUGGAACUAAAAGGUAUUCCUAAGCAGUCUGAAAUUGGAUUUUUAACUAUACUAGAAGCUCACAGAUACUGUGAAGUUGGUAGUUUUUUGAAGUGCCCUAUUUAUCCUAUAUGGUUACUUGGCAGUGAAACACAUAUUACUGUAUUGUUUUGUGUUGACCAAUCACUGACCGGAAUAGAGUCACCUAAAGAAGAAGCUGAAAGGGUCUUCAAAUCUUUUGAUGAACAAGAAAAUGGAUUUAUAAAAAGUGAUAAGCUAUUGGAAGUUAUGGAAAAACUUGGUUUUGAAACCGAUCCUGAAUAUGUGAAAUUUAUGAAAACAAGGCUGGACCCAGACUCUAUAGAUGUUAUACUUCUCCCACAUUUUAUGGAUGAAUUCUUUCCUGGUGAGAGUAAUCAAUCACAGUGGACGAACCCUUUUGCUGUUUAUCAUUAUAAUGGUCUUGGAAUUAAAAGCAGCACAUCACCAUCUAAAAAGGUUAUGUUUAUCGAGGGUAUGGCAAGUAUAGAGCCAACAGAUACUAGCUACAUUGCUGAAGAAGAAAUUGUCACUUGUUUACGGACGAAAUGGAGUGGGAUAACUGUGGCGUGGCAAUCAAGAUUCCCUCCCUCGUUAAACUAAUAUUCGUUGUUACUGUAAAUUUCCCUAACUUACUACACAGGCAACUCCUGGUACUCCUCUGAAGAUAUCAAGAAACUUAAUCCGCUCUGCUGUAUGUCUUGAUGCUUGCUCAAAAAAUUUUCAGAGACAACUGUAUAAAUUACUGUGGCUAAGUAACAAAGUAGCUUUAUAUUUUUACGAUAUAAAUUAUCUUCAUGCUUGCUCUAAAACAUUUUCAGAGACAACUGUAUUAAUUAUUGUGGCUAAGUAACAAAGUAGCUUUAUAUUUUUAUGAUAUAAAUUAUUUAUGGAGAUUAUUUAAGUACUUUGAAAUAGAGAUAUAUAUUAUUGUA